AUAACAUACCUGGACCAAGUAGUUAUACCAACCUAGCUCUCUUUCUUUGAGUGUUGUGUUUUGUAGCCUGUGAGUGAUUUCUGAGCCCUUCAGUGCUAUAAACAAAGACAAUAAAUCAUCAUCAACAGUUUCUCACACAUAUAUAUUUGCCCUGCUGUUUCAAUAUUUCCCCUAAAGAUGCCUGCAAACGAAGCCACAAAUCAUCAUGCUUUUGACUUUGAUGGGUCCAUAGAUGAUGCCCCUUCCCACCCGCAGCGUGCCUCAAAGUGCUAUGAUGAUGAUGGCCGUCUCAAACGAACUGGAACAAUUUGGACUGCAAGCUCUCACAUAAUAACAGCUGUGAUAGGAUCAGGGGUGCUGUCUUUGGCAUGGGCCAUAGCUCAGCUAGGUUGGAUUGCAGGUCCUGCUGUUAUGAUCUUAUUCUCUUUGGUUACUUUCUAUACUUCAUCAUUGCUUGCUGAAUGUUAUCGUGCCGGCGACCCCAAUUCUGGCAAGAGAAACUACACUUACAUGCAAGCAGUUCGCUCCAUUCUUGGUGGAGUCAACGUUACGUUGUGCGGCAUAUUUCAGUACCUGAAUCUAUUGGGAAUUGUAAUAGGAUACACAAUUGCGGCAUCUAUUAGCAUGAUGGCAAUCAAAAGGUCUAAUUGUUUCCAUAAAUCUGGAGGCAAAAACCCAUGUCACAUGUCAAGCAACCAAUACAUGAUCAUUUUUGGCAUAACCGAAUUUUUCCUUUCUCAAAUUCCCGAUUUUGAUCAAAUAUGGUGGCUUUCAAUAGUUGCUGCAAUAAUGUCUUUCACCUAUUCCAUAAUUGGUCUCGCUCUUGGAAUUGCCAAAGUUGCAGAAAAUGGUACUUUCAAGGGUAGCCUCACAGGAAUCAGCAUUGGACCUGUGUCACAGACCCAAAAAAUAUGGAGAAGUUCCCAAGCUCUUGGUGACAUAGCCUUCGCCUAUUCAUAUGCAGCGGUUCUCAUUGAAAUUCAGGACACCAUAAAAUCUCCACCAUCUGAAGCAAAAACAAUGAAGAAAGCCACACUGAUAAGCAUAGUAGUGACCACAACAUUUUAUAUGCUUUGUGGCUGCAUGGGCUAUGCUGCUUUUGGGGAUGCAGCACCUGGGAAUUUGCUCACUGGGUUUGGUUUCUAUAACCCUUAUUGGCUUAUAGACAUUGCAAAUGUUGCUAUAGUGAUUCACCUUGUGGGAGCAUACCAAGUGUUUUCCCAACCCAUCUUUGCCUUUGUGGAGCAAGGGGUGAAACAAAGAUGGUCAAACAUUGACAAGGAGUUCAAGAUUCCAAUUCCAGGUUUCACCCCAUACAAACUAAACUUAUUUAGAUUAGUUUGGAGGACAAUGUUUGUUAUCCUAACAACUGUCAUAUCAAUGUUGCUUCCAUUCUUCAAUGACAUUGUGGGAGUGAUUGGAGCAUUGGGAUUUUGGCCCUUAACUGUUUACUUUCCCUUGGAGAUGUAUAUUUCACAGAAGAAGAUCUCAAAAUGGAGCAACAAAUGGAUUUGCCUCCAAAUAUUUAGUAUGGCUUGCCUUUUAGUAUCCGUUGUUGCUGCUGUGGGUUCAGUGGCAGGUGUCAUGCUUGACCUAAAGAAGUAUAAACCAUUCCAAUCAAACUAUUAAGCUUUAUUUUAGUUGCCUCCUUGCAGAUGUAAGAGAUUCCAAUGGCAUGAUGGCUAUGGUUUUGGUUUGUGUGUACCAUUUAUCUUAUAGAGUAUGUAUAGAUCAUUUGGAUUACUAUAAGCCACUCCUUGUUUGAAAAAAUCAAGGGUAGCAGUUUUCUUAAAUCAUUUAAUGGAGUAUGUCCAAAUGAGCAAUAUAUAUAUAUAUAUAUAUGCCAUCCUCAGCAUGUUUGCUUAUUUGAGGU